GAGUGGCGGGGAGGCGGCGCGGAGGGAGGGCAGCCCGGCUGCGGGAAGCGGGGCUCCGCGCUGGGACUGGUUCCUUCGCAGCCAUUUUCCGUCCAACCAAACAGCCGAUUUGCGGAGGGAGCCAACCAGGGCCGCACUGGAGGUUUGUGCCUGGCUCCGGCCAAUGAUUGAUGGAUGGUGACAGCUCCACAACAGAUGCUUCUCAGUUAGGAAUUGCUGGAGAUUAUAUUGGUGGCAGUCACUAUGUGAUACAGCCUCACGAUGACACAGAAGACAGCAUGAAUGAUCAUGAAGAUACAAAUGGCUCAAAAGAGAGUUUUAGAGAACAAGAUAUAUACCUUCCAAUUGCAAAUGUGGCAAGGAUAAUGAAAAAUGCCAUACCCCAAACAGGAAAGAUUGCUAAGGACGCAAAAGAAUGUGUACAAGAGUGUGUAAGUGAAUUUAUCAGCUUUAUAACAUCAGAAGCAAGUGAGAGGUGUCACCAAGAAAAAAGAAAGACCAUCAAUGGAGAGGAUAUUCUCUUUGCCAUGUCUACCUUGGGGUUCGAUAGCUAUGUUGAACCUUUGAAGUUAUACCUCCAAAAAUUCAGAGAGGCAAUGAAAGGAGAAAAGGGAAUUGGGGGAACAGUUACAACUGCAGACGGUCUAAGUGAGGAGCUCACAGAAGAAGCAUUUACUAACCAGUUGCCAGCAGGCUUAAUAACCACAGAUGGCCAACAGCAGAAUGUUAUGGUCUACACAACAUCAUAUCAACAGAUCUCUGGUGUUCAGCAAAUUCAGUUCUCAUGAUUUUGAAGAAAACUUUCCAUCUGGGAACAUGAGACGGAAAACCUGUGCAACUCUAACGAAGAGGCAGUUUUAAUGACUGGUGAAGAGAUUUAUCUCUUUGUAUAUUAAAUAGCUGUAAUGUAGCUACCAGAAGCUUGACUAAUUGAGGUGUGAGUUCUGACUCAAAUCUUUUUCAUGAUGAUUUUAAAGAAAUAAUUGGAUUUUAAAGGUAUUAAAGUAUUUUUGUUUUGUACAAGAGUUUGUUGCUCUGUAUAACUCCUGUAUGCAUUGUAUAUUGCAAUUUAUUACUGUCAGAGAUUUGUAGACAGUUUCUUAUUUUCAUAUUGAAUCAUGUUACUUUUGUAAUUCAGGUAAACAGCUGGGUUAAUUCAUGUUUACCCUUUGAAUAAAAUUGUAAGGGUAAAGUUCA